AUGCCCAAGGCCACCACCCCUACUGCCAUGCGGCAGACACGACGACACAACCCUCUCGAGGAUGACAUCACAGCUACUGGUAUCCUCAAGAACAAACCUUCCAAGAAGCGAUCAAAAGGCAACGAUGAUGAGGCAGAAAACUUUGUUGACGACCGCGCCUCUCGAACAAUUUUGCGCAUAGGUCGCGAGCUGGCCGAGGAGGAGAAUGCCGGCAAGCCUGUCGCUGCUAAGCCCACUAUUGACAACUUCGGUUACGAUUCGCGAUUUGGCGACGAGGCUGAGGAUGAGAACAAAGUCUACGACGACGACGAGGCUUGGGGCGAGGAUGACGAGGUUGUUGAAGAGAUUGAGGUUGAUCCCAAUGACCUUGACAUGUACCGAAAGUUCAUGCCCGACGAGGAGGAUGACGAUUUGCUCAAGCACGGUUGGGAUCUUAAGCCCACAGGAGAGGAGCAAGGCGACAGCGUCAACCUCGCAGAUCUAAUUCUGGAGAAGAUUGCUGCCCACGAGGCGGCGCAGGAGCGACGUGAGAACAACCUGGGACCCCCCGACGAGGAAGAGUUUGAGCUGCCCGAAAAGGUUGUCGAUGUAUACACCAAGGUUGGCCAGAUCCUUGCGCGAUACAAGUCCGGUCCCUUGCCAAAGCCUGCGAAAAUUAUGCCAACAGUGCCGAACUGGGAGGCUCUGGUCAACAUCACCCAGCCCGAGAGCUGGUCGACCAACGCCUGUUAUCAAAUGACAAGAAUCUUCAUUUCAAGCAAGCCUCAAGUGGCUCAGCGAUUUAUGGAAAUGGUCAUCCUCGACCGUGUCCGUGAGGAAAUUUACGAAACCAAGAAGCUCAACGUUCACUUGUUCAACUCGCUCAAGAAGGCCCUUUACAAGCCUGCUGCUUUCUUCAAGGGUUUCCUGUUCCCUCUCGUUGGCAGCGGAACAUGCACACUCCGAGAGGCCCAUAUUAUUUCUGCUGCCUUGGUUCGAGUCUCUAUUCCCGUUCUUCACUCUGCUGCUGCUCUGAAGGGUCUGUGUGAUAUCGCUGCUCAGGAGGCAUCGCACGGUACUGAGGGUGGAGGUGCCACCAACAUUUUUAUCAAGGCCCUUCUCGAGAAGAAGUACGCGCUCCCCUUCCAGGUUAUUGAUGCCCUGGUCUUCCACUUCCUGCGAUUCCGAAGUGUCGAUCCUGCUUCAGUUAAGGCCGGCGACACCAUGUCAGGUAUCAACGAGGGAGAUGCCAAGACUAAGUUGCCCGUUAUCUGGCACCAGUGUUUGCUUGCAUUUGCCCAGCGUUACAAGGGUGAUGUGACAGAAGACCAACGUGAGGCUCUGCUUGAUCUUCUCCUGACGCACGGUCACGCUGCUAUUGGACCUGAGGUGAGGAGAGAGCUGUUGGCCGGAAGAGGCCGUGGUGUGCCCAUCGAGCAAACAGGCCCGGCGCUGGAUGGUGAUGAUACCAUGCUCAUCGACUAA